AUGGAGACGUCGCUUUCGAGUCCUCAUGGACGAAUGGAUAAGUUUUGCUCUCUUGAACUUGUCCUUUUUAUGUCCAAUCCUUCUCUUCCAACUAAACCGAACCGGAAAACCAGCUUCGGAGAUCGGUGUUUACUGAUGGCUAAGCAACAACGAACUCGGCUCUAUAUCCUACGGCGCUGCGUCUCAAUGCUACUUUGCUGGCACGACCACUCUAUUUCUGAUUAGUUUGUGGUUUGGGUCGGAAUCAUGAACCGGAAGAAUGUGAUGUUAUUUAGAGCUUUUUAGUUUGUGUAAUUGAGGAAGAUUCUAAGGAUUGGGCCUUUUGGGCCUUUGUACAUACUGUGAAUAACAUAUGACUUUUUUUUUUUUUUAA